AGUUUACCUUAGAUACAUCUGGGACCGUCAUAUAUAAGCCUAUAGAGGGUCAGGGGAAUUUAUUAUGUGUGGUUGACUCUGUAGUAAUUAGCGAGAACUUGACAAAGAAAGCAUUGUGUUGAAAAGCGAAGACAAGAACUGCUGGGCAGAGUCAAUCAUAACUUAGAAAUAUAUUAAAUAGGUUUGAAAUCACUGCUACCAAGUAAACUCCAGUCUACAAGAAAACUACUACCAUGGGUUGUAACAAUAGUAGGAACAUUCAGGUCCAGCCAGUGUCCAAGACCCCUAGACCGAACAGUGGAAAAUGGACAGCAGAGAUGGACAAAAAUGAAAAGAAUACGUCCUCAUCAAAGCGUGGAACACCCGUGAAGCAAACCAAGGUCCAACCUGUGGAACCAUUGGAACACAUGGAGCUAGACUCUGAUGUCGAAAUUGAGAAAGCAGUUCUUCCAGAUCAAAUCAUCUCAGGUCAAGAACAAAUCGACAUGAAAAAGGGAACGAAAAAGAAGAAAAGAGGUCUGAGUUCACUUGCUAGUCUGCGGCGUGACGGCAGUCGCCCCAACAGCGCUACCUCCAACAACUCCCAGCGAGGGGGAUCAGCUACCUCCAAGAACUCCAAACACAGCACUGACUCCGGAUUAGAAGAAGAUUAUGCUCAUGUCAUUACAGAAUACUCAGAUGAGAGCAAAAUAAGAGCACUGGGAGAAGAAUUUGGAUCUAGAGAAGAUUUAGAUCUAAGCUUAAGUGGAACUGCCUGCCCCCGUCGCACAAGCGCAAAGGACAAGGCAAGACUAGAAGAAAAUGUUGUCAUGGCAGCGCUGAGGGAUGAAGGACUUAUUGCCCGGCCUAAGUCCAGAGCGGCAGGAGGCAUGAGCUUUGACAUCAUCAUGGCUGGACCCGACCCUGACGCACUAAAGAAACCACCGGCCCGCCUUGCAAAACUGGAGAGAAGGAAGAAGAAGACGGAAUUAACAGAAGAUCAAAUAAAAGCUAAACUUGAAAAAGCCGAGAGGAGAAGAAAGAAAAAGGAGCAGGAAAAGUUGGAAAGAAUUCAAACAACUACACAGAAAAGCGACAUUUUACAUGCACUAGACUCUUUUGAACAAAAAAUUAAGGAAAAGGAACAGACCACAUCUGAAAAAAUAGACAGUGUUACAGAAAACAGAGAGAAAAAACUAAAGGAAUUGAGAGACAAACUAAAAGCUAAGGAAGAGCACGCAGAAAAAGUACGCCGAAGGAAAAAGCUGCUUCCAAUGAUGCCCCACCCAGAAUCUUCACAGGCCGCAGAAAUGGAACAACUUAGUUGAAAAAAUGUCCUCCUAGCUAGGAAGCUUUUAUAUUACUGAACUUCCGCCUGUCGUCAGAUGUAGUGCUUGCCAUAUUUAAGUAAGAGAAUCACUAAAUAUAAGAAAAAUAUUUUGCUCACGUUUUAAGUGAGAGCUCAAGAUGCAGAAAUAGCAACGAAGAAGGCUUGAUUAAAUGUUGUUAGUUACAUGGUAUUCCGUGUAUUUUCAGCACUUACGCACCAUUCUAACCGGGAUGUUCUUACGCACUUAAAUUGAGGUUCUAGGUACACUCAGGUUUUUAUAUCGAUAUGAUAUGGUGUAAAAUGGAUUGUUUUUGUUAUUGGUUCUAUAUAAACAUAUAAUGUUAUUUGCUCAAUGAUCGGAAUAAAGUUUAAAAAA